AUGAAUGACAACUUCUCCGCAUUGAUUAUUACACCAAGCGUUAUUGUUUCGGACACAGACAUAAAUACCUUUUAUAGUAAUUGCGGAACUUCAAUCAUUUUCAAUGAUUCAAUGACCAUUCAUGCUGUUAGAGGAACUAAAAUUUGA